AUGGAGGAUUCGAGUGGUCGAGCCUUCGCCAGGACAUCUUCAGGACAUCAUGGGUCGCCGGGUUUCGAAUCCGAGCAGGAGGGUACUACCUUCCAAUGGCCUAGCUUCCAAAGGACAGGUCCUUCGCCUUUCCUUCCUCUAAGGAUACAAGGCCGGCAAUCUCAGUUUCUCGAGCCGGAUUGUUACCCACCAUUUCUUCCUUUCCCUGCUGUCCCGGAGGGGUUGGAUAACCUCUCCCUCCCCCCUUUAGAGAGGCCCUUCGCCCCUCCCCCUCCCCCUGGGCAGGCCACGUGUCAAGGCCCUAGGCCCCACGUGUACACUAUAUCGUGGCCUUCACCCCCGCUGCAGCUCGACCACCAACUAUAUAGUGGGCCGUACUCCUCCCUAUAUAGAGGGGAGGAGGGAGGAGGUUGCCAUGGGGACGAGGAGGGCUGCCAGCUGCUCCAUCCUUCGCUCGCCCGAUCCGCUGAGCUACUCCAAGGUCCUCGAGUCACCGACGACCUUGGUUGGCAGUUUCUAAGCCAAGACUCCCACGAGAAGAAGAAAAAAAGGUGGACUCGAGAUCAAGAAGAAAGAGACAGAGCGAGAAGAGGUCGAUGGACUCCAGUUGGAGGACUAGCUGUCUCUACCACGGCACUGUCGAUGACCUCCAGGUUGGCCACCUCAUAUCGCCUCAGCUCUUGGUGA